GAGCAGCAGCCCAGUUGGACAGACGACUUACCAUCCUGUCACCUCUCUGGGGUGGGCUCAGCUCCAAACCGGUCCUACAGUGCAGAUGGGAAGGGGACAGAGGGUCACCCCUUGGAAGAUAACUGGUUAAAAUUCAGGAGUGAGAACAACUGCUACCUCUAUGGUGUCUUCAAUGGCUACGAUGGCAACCGAGUCACCAAUUUUGUGGGUCAGAGGCUCUCUGCAGAACUGCUGCUAGGCCAGCUCCACGCCGAUCACAGUGACGCCGAUGUGCGUCGAGUUCUGCUGCAGGCUUUUGAUGUGGUGGAAAGAAGUUUCCUGGAGUCCAUUGAUGAUGCCUUGGCAGAGAAGGCCAGCCUGCAGUCUCAGCUACCAGAGGGUGUCCCUCACCACCAGCUUCCCCCUCAGUACCAGAAGAUCGUGGAGAGAUUGAAGGUUGUAGAGCAGGAGAUCUCUGGAGGAGCCAUGGCUAUCGUGGCAGUUGUUCUCAACAACAAGCUCUAUAUCGCCAACGUGGGUACCAACCGGGCACUGCUGUGCAAGUCCACGGUGGAUGGGCUGCAGGUGACUCAGCUCAACGUGGACCACACAACUGAGAAUGAGGACGAGCUCUUCCGCUUCUCCCAGCUGGGCUUGGAUGCAGGGAAAAUAAAACAAGUGGGAACGAUUCGUGGGCAGGAAAGCACUCGGCGCAUUGGAGAUUACAAAGUCAAAUAUGGCUAUACUGACAUUGAACUGCUCAGUGCUGCCAAAUCGAAGCCCAUCAUCGCAGAGCCUGAAAUCCACGGAGGGCACUCUCUGGAUGGGGUGACUGGCUUCUUGGUGCUCAUGUCUGAAGGGCUCUACAAAGCACUGGAGGCAGCUCAUGGGCCUGGGCAGGCCAAUCAGGAGAUAGCAGCCAUGAUAGCCACGGAGUUUGCCAAGCAGACGUCUCUGGACGCCGUGGCCCAGGCGGUGGUGGACAGGGUGAAGAGGAUCCACGGCGACACCUUCGCCAGCGGUGGGGAGCGCUCCAAGUUCUGCCCCCGCCACGAGGACAUGACGCUGCUGGUGAGGAACUUCGGCUACCCCCUGGGAGAGAUGAGCCAGCCCACGCUGACGCCGACACAAGGAGGCCGCGUCUACCCCGUCUCUGUGCCAUACUCCAGCUCCCAGAGCACGAGCAAGACGAGUGUCACGCUGUCCCUUGUCAUGCCUUCCCAAGGCCAGAUGGUCAAUGGUGCCCACAGCAGUUCCACUCUGGAUGAAGCCACCCCCACCCUCACUAACCAAAGCCCAACUGUGACCCUGCAGUCGACCAACACCCACACGCAGAGCAGCAGCUCCAGUUCAGACGGGGGUCUCUUCCGCUCCCGACCCACCCACUCUCUGCAGCCAGAUGAAGACGGGCGCGUGGAGCCCUACGUGGAUUUCGCCGAGUUCUACCGGCUUUGGAACAUGGACCAUGGCGAGCAGGGAGCACUGGCUGUGUCCUAACCUGGAAAUCUGCCUCCUGCAGACACCCUGCGCUCAGCUGCGUAAGCAAAGACUGAGGGAAGAACGAGGGGGCUCCGCCGAGGGCCCUGUUCUGCUGAGGGUUGGCUCCUUCUAGGCAGGAUGGGCCGGAGACCGGGCUGGGGAGCGGGCUCAGCACUCUCUACACACACGUUGCCAAAUCCUGACCGACCUCAUGCCCUCAGAAGCCCUGGGAACAGGGGAAGGGCUCUCAAACGCAGCCCUCGCUGCAGGUUUUUGCAAAUAAGCGAUGCAGAGAAGGGCUCCCUCGGGGUGAUGCAAGAGCAGGGGCCCGUGUGAAGGCUCUGUGUGGGUGGGUGUGGGUGUGCACGUGUGUGCCUGUGCGUGUGUGUGUGCUGUCAUCAUGUUUCCACAACUCGAUUCGUAAUGCUGUGAUUCCAGUGUUCAACUCCAUAAAAGAUACCUCUAUUUUGCAGAAUAAAUAACUUAUAGCUA